AUGCUGGAAGCGUUUACACCGCUAAACAUUAUCGGCUCCUGGAGAUCGACAGGCAUGUGGCCUGUGAAAAAGCAAAGAGUCUUAGAAUCGUUGAAUAUGGACUGUUCGAAGGAUACUGUGCUGGAAUCGAAGUACGCAAAGUUCAUCGCCGCCCAAAACCCACUGCCACUUGAAGAAAUUGAAGAGCAAGGGUUGCGGCGCCUCAAAAACAACGGUCUAGAUGUACACGGCUUUCGAAUGUACUCAAUCGCGUAUAGGGACCUCGUAAAGCCAACCCCAAUUAAAGGAAGAUCUCCAGACAAAGUGGUCGUCAAGCUUGGAGCUAAGAGGCUGCUUACGCACGCAGACUGUAUUGCCGAAGAAGAACGCAGAGCCGAACUCACACGUGAGUCCAUCGAGACCUCGCUAAUGAAGUUUGAAGAUUCAUGCAGUAAAAAACGUGAGAAAGAGCACCGUAAACGCAAAACAAACGUUGAGAAAGGGUAG